UGUUUUCGAAACGAAAAAGUAGUUAGUUGCAAAACGUCCAGGAUAGUUUGAAUGCUACAAUAUGGUGGUCUUGCGAUUCAUUUGUCUCCAGUUCGUUAUCAAACGGAUAACGCGUCUAGUCGAACGUUUAAAUCUUUAACCACCCGACGACAGCAGCACAACCUGAAAUCUUUUGGUCAAGCUUAUCAGCUGAGAAUCGUAUUUUCGUUAGCAUGAUUUCAUAAAGGCUAUGCAUCUCUGCUGAUAAACCGGGCAGAGUAGAUAUCAGCGCGCCAUGGUCAACUGAAGGCUACUGCCAUUUUGCCAAGGAUUGGAAGAAAUCUAUCGCAACGGCGUCAUUCGGAAACUAUCUUGUAUCUUUUCAGCUCCUGGCGAUUCCACAGUUAACUGUUUCUUUUUGUAUCUUCGGAAAAUGGAGGAAAUUCCUACUAAAAAAAGGAAACUAAUUUCGAUCGACAGUAAACCCGGCCGUGUACAACUAGGAGUUGGUAACUUUGGAAACGUAUUUAAAGGAAAGUUCAAAGGCCGUCCAGUCGCAGUAAAAAAAGUUUUACUGCAAAAUUGGAAUGAAGAAGAAGAAAAUACUAUGAAAGAAUUGGAUCAUCCAAACAUCGUCAAACUAUUUCAUUGCGAAAUUGACAGAGACUUCAGGUACUAUGCAUUGGAAUUGUGUAACGCUUCGUUGGAUAGGCUGUUCUUAGAUUCGGAUCACCCCGACAAAUACAAGGGACCUAUUCCACGUCAUAUUGAAGUUUUUCUUCAAUUAGCUUCAGGUCUUGAACACAUUCAUUCGCUGAAACUAAUCCAUCGUGACAUUAAACCAGGAAAUGUCCUUAUUUCGGAGGAAAUCACUGGCCAAACGAUUGAGGUAACAUUUAAAUGGGCGGAUUUUGGAUUGUCCAAAUCCGUAAAUGACAGGGGAACGUGCACGAUGAGUGCAAUAGCAGGAACCUCAAAUUAUUUUGCUCCCGAAAUAUUGAGACUUUUGAUGAAAGGCGAAGAGGGUCGAGGAGACGUGAGAAGCGACGUCUUUGCACUUGCCCUCGUCUUUGGUUGUGUUUUCUUGGACGGGGAACAUCUCUACGGUUCUAAGCAAACUAAAGAACAGAUUUUUAACAACAUUAUCGAAAAAAAUCCAAUCAAUUUGAAAAACAUUCACGGAAAAUUACGCGGCCUAUACGAGGACGAAUUACUGCAAAAAAUGUUGAAAGACGAACCUCGUGACAGGAUGACAUCGACUCAAGUCGUCUAUCAACUAAAUUCUAUCAAAACGAAGCUUACUGAAAAAGAGGAAGAAUUGCUUAAGCUAUGUUCUGGGGACCCUUACUUCGGUUUGACAGGAAAAAUAAAAGACUUAAUAGACUGCGGAAUCGACGUGAACGCAAAGGACAAACAUAAACGCAACGCGGUCCAUCUUUUGUGUCGAUACAAUUCAAGCGAACAUUUAACUGACGCAAUUCAAAUCUUGAUCCAAUCCGGAAUCGAUGUGAACGCAAAGGACGAAGAUGGAAAGAAUGCGCUCCAACUUCUGUGUCAAUACAAUUCAAGCAAACAUUUAACUGACGCAAUUCAAACGUUGAUCCAAUCCGAAAUCGAUGUGAACGCAAAGGACGAAGAUGAUAAGAAUGCGCUUCAACUUCUGUGUCAAUACAAUUCAAGCAAACAUUUAACUGACGCAAUUCAAACGUUGAUCCAAUCCGAAAUCGAUGUGAACGCAAAGGUCGAAGAUGAUGAGAAUGCGCUCCAUCUUCUGUGUCAAUACAAUUCAAGCAAACAUUUAACUGACGCAAUGCAAAUCUUGAUCAAAUCCGGAAUCGAUGUAAAUGUACCGAUGUACUGGAAGGAGAAUGCGCUCCAUCUUUUGUGUCGAUACAAUUCAAGCGAACAUUUAACUGACGCAAUUCAAAUCUUGAUCCAAUCCGGAAUCGAUGUGAACGCAAAGGACGAAGAUGGAAAGAAUGCGCUCCAACUUCUGUGUCAAUACAAUUCAAGCAAACAUUUAACUGACGCAAUGCAAAUCUUGAUCAAAUCCGGAAUCGAUGUGAACGCAAAGGACGAAGAUGGAAAGAAUGCGCUCCAUCUUCUGUGUAACUACAAUUUAAACAAACAUUUGACUGACGCAAUGCAAAUCUUGAUCAAAUCCGGAAUUGAUGUGAACGCAAAGAACAAGUAUGAAUGGAGUGCGCUCCAUCUUCUGUGUCACUACAAUUCAAGCGAACAUUUAACUGACGCAAUGCAAAUCUUGAUCAAAUCCGGAAUCGAUGUGAACGCAAAGGACGAAGAUGGAAAGAAUGCGCUCCAUAUUCUGUUUAACUACAACUUAAACAAACAUUUGACUGACGCACUGCAAAUCUUGAUCAAAUCCGGAAUCGAUGUGAACGCAACGAAUAAAUAUAGUAAUAAUGCGCUCCAUCUUCUGUGUCGAUACAAUUCAAGCGAACAUUUAACUAACGCAAUUCAAAUGUUGAUCCAAUCCGGAAUCGAUGUGAACGCAAAGGGACGAUAUGGAUGGAAUGCGCUCCAUCUUCUGUGUCUAUAUAAUUCAGGCAAACAUUUAACUGACGCAAUUCAAAUGUUGAUCCAAUCCGGAAUCGAUGUGAACUCAACGAACAACAAUAGUGAGAAUACGCUCCAUCUUCUGUGUCACUACGAAUUAAAGAAACAUUUAACUGACGUAAUUCAAAUCUUGAUCCAAUCCGGAAUCGAUGUGAAUGCAAAGGAAGAAGAUGGAAUGAAUGCGCUCCAUCUUUUGUGUCGAUACAAUUCAAGCGAACAUUUAACUGACGCAAUUCAAAUCUUGAUCCAAUCCGGAAUCGAUGUGAACGCAAAGGAAGAAGAUGGAAUGAAUGCGCUCCAUCUUUUGUGUCGAAAACAAUUCAAGCGAACAUUUAACUGACGCAAUUCAAAUGUUGAUCCAAUCCGGAAUCGAUGUGAACGCAACGAAGAACAAUAGUAAUAAUGCGCUCCAUCUUCUGUGUCAAUACAAUUCAAGCAAACAUUUAACUGACGCAAUUCAAACGUUGAUCCAAUCCGGAAUCGAUGUGAACGCAAAGGACAAUGAUGGAAUGAAUGCGCUCCAUCUUCUGUGUCAAUACAAUUCAAGCGAACAUUUAACUGACGCAAUUCAAAUCUUGAUCCAAUCCGGAAUCGACGUGAAGGCAAAGGAAGAAGAUGGAAUGAAUGCGCUCCAACUUCUGUGUCGAUAUGAUUCAAGCAAACAUUUAACUGACGCAAUUCAAAUCUUGAUCCAAUCCGGAAUCGAUGUGAACGCAACGAAGAACAAUAGUGAAAAUGCGCUCCAUCUUCUGUGUCAAUACAAUUCAAGCGAACAUUUAACUGACGCAAUUCAAAUGUUGAUCCAAUCAGGAAUCGAUGUGAACGCAACGAAGAACAAUAGUAAUAAUGCGCUCCAUCUUCUGUGUCAAUACAAUUCAAGCAAACAUUUAACUGACGCAAUUCAAAUCUUGAUCCAAUCCGGAAUCGAUGUGAACGCAAAGGACGAAGAUGGAAUGAAUGCGCUCCAUCUUCUGUGUCAAUACAAUUCAAGCGAACAUUUAACUGACGCAAUUCAAAUCUUGAUCCAAUCCGGAAUCGAUGUGAACGCAACGAAGAACAAUAGUGAAAAUGCGAUGCGCUCCAUCUUCUGUGUCAAUACAAUUCAAGCAAACAUUUAACUGGAGCGAUUCAAAUGUUGAUCCAAUCCGGAAUCGACGUGAAGGCAAAGGAAGAAGAUGGAAUGAAUGCGCUCCAUCUUCUGUGUCGAUACAAUUCAAGCGUAAAUUUAACUGACGCAAUGCAAAUGUUGAUCCAAUCCGGAAUCGAUGUGAACGCAAAGUCUCAAGGAUGGAUGAAUGCGCUCCAUCUUCUGUGUCAAUACAAUUCAAGCAAACAUUUAACUGAAGCGAUUCAAAUGUUGAUCAAAUCCGGAAUCGAUGUGAACGCAACGAAGAACAAUAGUGAAAAUGCGCUCCAUCUUCUGUGUCAAUACAAUUCAAGCGAACAUUUAACUGACGCAAUUCAAAUGUUGAUCCAAUCAGGAAUCGAUGUGAACGCAACGAAGAACAAUAGUAAUAAUGCGCUCCAUCUUCUGUGUCAAUACAAUUCAAGCAAACAUUUAACUGACGCAAUUCAAACGUUGAUCCAAUCCGGAAUCGAUGUGAACGCAAAGGACAAUGAUGGAAUGAAUGCGCUCCAUCUUCUGUGUCAAUACAAUUCAAGCGAACAUUUAACUGACGCAAUUCAAAUCUUGAUCCAAUCCGGAAUCGAUGUGAACGCAACGAAGAACAAUAGUGAAAAUGCGCUCCAUCUUCUGUGUCAAUACAAUUCAAGCAAACAUUUAACUGGAGCGAUUCAAAUGUUGAUCCAAUCCGGAAUCGACGUGAAGGCAAAGGAAGAAGAUGGAAUGAAUGCGCUCCAACUUCUGUGUCGAUACAAUUCAAGCGUAAAUUUAACUGACGCAAUUCAAAUCUUGAUCCAAUCCGGAAUCGACGUGAACGCAAAAAACGAAGAUGGAAUGAAUGCGCUCCAUCUUCUGUGUCAAUACAAUUCAAGCAAACAUUUAACUGAAGCGAUUCAAAUGUUGAUCAAAUCCGGAAUCGAUGUGAACGCAACGAAGAACAAUAGUGAAAAUGCGCUCCAUCUUAUGUGUCAAUACAAUUCAAGCAUACAUUUAACUUACGCAAUUCAAAUCUUGAUCCAAUCCGGAAUCGACGUGAACGCAAAGGGCAUGGACGGAAAGACUGUGCUUGAAGAUUUGUUGCGGAAUCAUUUUAGAAAAAAAUCUAAGACACGCUUAGCCGCAAUUAAAAUCUUAGAGGAUGCAACUGGCACACCUACUAAACGGAAAAAUGAAUCACCACCUUCACAGGGAAAGAGAAGAAAAGCAGUGGCAAACUUAUCCUGAACUCUUUUCGAAUAAAGCAUAUACAUCGAGACAUUUCUUGUUGUCGUUUGAUUGGUUAUUUAAUCGCUGGAACAGGAUUGGAAGACUUCUUUUUGCCAUCUGUUUUAUACGAUUGGUAUCGCUUAAUGUUUCCGUUAUCUGUAAACUCCGUGUUAAUUUAUCCUUGUUGGUAAUAUCAAAUAUUUGUUGAAUGUCAUCCUUUGCAUUUACAUUUCCCAGGAUGUACAACGUGGAGCUGGGUCUCUUCUAGUCCUCUACUAAUCCUCUUUUAUUUAUUUAUCCUUCGUGAGUUGCAAAUGCGCAAGGGACAACUUUGACUGCCAUUCAUCGAGGCAGUAGUUAACCACAUCGAGAGCAAACGAAGUGAAAUCAUGUUCUCACAGGGAAUCGUUUCUCGGUGCAACAAAACACAUAACGUUCGGUAUAUGAAUGAUUCCGUUCGAAAAUAAUGACAAACUCACCCGAAAUAAUUUAACACAUCACUGCUAGAUAACGAGGCGAACCCGACUGCAAAAAUCUUUAAACGGACCGACACCAACAGGUGGGCUUCACUUCUUUCGUAUUCUUUACCAUUUCUUUCUGGACAUUUAAGAGUUGUUUGUUUACCUUGCCAUUCCCCAUCGGAAACUACUCUGCCAUGGUCUCUUACUCUUACUUAAGUUUGCCUUACUAUUCCUCCGAAAAUUUUAUUGCAAUCAUUCA